ACUAAAAGUCCUUGAGUUACAUUUGACCCUUGAAUCCAGGACAAUCGCGAAUUCCCUUCGAGACCUCUGCUAGACAAACUAUCUCAGAGACGCAGAGGAUCCUCGACAGGAUGGACGACAGCGAAGCUUGCAUGAAUCAGAAACGCACAAAUACUGGAUCAGGGGCACCUUCCCGAGACGAUCUGACCUCCACCUACACCGAGCUGAACAUUCGGAAAGUCGAACACAUCACCAAUACGCAAGCAGAUGGACUGGACCCAACCUACUCUCAGCUGAACCUUCGCCAAAAUGAGCUUCACAUCGCUAAGGAAGAAGAAACUCCUAUUGCGUCGGGACCAGGAGAUCAGGCAGGUCCGCAUAAACUGGAGUCGAAAGAGAACAUCGGAAAUAGACCGUGCCGGAAGGUCUGCCUAUUCCGUCUCGUUACAUCCGCCCUCAUCACGAUAGUGGCCGGGCUCUCGAUCUAUCUAUUACAGAUUCGUUGGUCUCAAAGCAUCUGCGAACAAAACUACCAGAUAUUUUGCCAAUUCCUGACCAGUAACAGAGAGCUAGCGUGUUCCCAGGAUUGGAUCAGAAAUAAAGACCGCUGUUAUUUAAUAUCCAAUUUGGAAACAUCUUACGACGAAGCGAAGAAAUAUUGCUCGAAAUUUCAUGCAAUGCUGCUGGAAAUAAAUUCAGAAGAAGAGAAGGAUGUUGUACCCAAAUCUCUCGUGUCUCCAGCCAGAACAUACUGGAUUGGAAAAUGCGAAAACGGGGAAGAGGCUUCUAGUCUUAUGUUCAGGGAUAACACUGGAAUGUCCCUCUGCGGUAACUGCGACUCGGACGGAUUGAUGCAACACUGCAAACGUGAACACCGUUUCAUCUGCGAAAAGCGUGCACAUUUGUUCAAGGAUAUUCCUGAAGUGAUCCGGGAUCUCUGUCAACAUUCCCUAGGACCAAAUUGA